CCGUCACUCUUUUUUUUUUGUUUUGCGCAUUUGUGGGUGUGCUUGCAUCGUCGAUGCCCUCAGACGAAUGCCCCCCCUCCCUCUGGUCGGUCUGAUCAACAUUUGAUCGGUUCACCAGUCUGCGCGCAAAGUCCGAGAAGGGCACCGCAUUCGUUCUUCCCGCGAGCCACCUGAGAACAGGGCUGCAUUUGUUUACUAUCCAGCCAGCCAUGGAGUUCCAACUUCCAUCAUCAUCAUCAUCAUCAUCAAGCAGCUCGACUGCUGCGCAAUUGUUUGCACUAGCUACCCAUCAAGAUCAACCGUUCCCGGAAUAAACUAGUAGGGAGCACUUCCCGUCCCUGGGUGUCUGAGUGUGCCUUGAUCAACUUGUCGGACUACCGCAAAUGCGGACGAGUGCCUGAGUAUCAGUGUUACCCGUCUCUUCACAUGAUCUAAUGCUCUCCAGAUCCCUCCUCUUUCGGGCUGAACGGUCACUAUAACGGCAUGGUGCUCCACGAGUAAUUCUACCAUCAUAACGAGACGCCGACUGGCUCGUUAGCAUUGCGUGUCGGAGUGUUCCACCGUUGAGCUUGCUCGCGCGCACGGAACUGAACCAGGCCGUCUCAGGCACCAUCUCCACUGAACGGAUUCAGCAGGUCGUCUUUCCCAAAAUUGACUGGUCACGCUUCUGUCCUGCAUCAUAUGCAUGCGCGCCGCACCUGUCAACGCCAGUACCCCUGUCCGCUCAGCGCUGCCAGACGUCCACCACCACACCACAACCACCACUACACUACGGUCCUACCUAUCCGGAUCUCCCACGGUCUUCACCAGCGAACACGGGCUGGCUCUUCAACUCCGCCAUCGUCCCAUCCCUGCGUUCAUGAGGAGAGAACAAGUGACGGGCCCGGCAUGUCGCCAUGGACGUUUCAAGCCAUCGUCUGGCCAACAUCACUAUUACGAUUCGCCAGCUCGUAUAAGACGAAACAUAGCGUGCAUUCGACGUGUGACGUACUCAACCCUCCGUCCAAAAGGCUGCCGGUGCAGGCCAACACCCAUUAGUUACAUCUAAGCUGUAACUUUCCCAGAUGGGAUAUCCAUUUCUUCGAUCUUCACAGGGGAUGGGAAAAUGAGAACAUCCAUGUCUAGCUGAUCCAGAUCCCAUGGGUGGGGACCUUGUACAAGGUAUUUUGGGCUGAGGUGCGGUGUGUCCCCGGGGGUGAGUGUGUCAAGAGGUAGCUGGCGGCUCCGGGCCGUCCUGGCUCCAGUGUGUACCUGGCGCCAUCAGAAAUGGAGAUGCGCCAUGAUCGGAUAGCGCCAUAAUCUGAUACCGCCAACCCAUCUUCUGGGGCUUUUCCAAGUCUAAUUCAGAGGCUGCGAUGACAUACUGUCGAAACACUUUUGAGUUCUGGGUCUCAGACGGCUUCUUCAGACCGGACUAAAUUUCCAUAAGCAACCGAAAUGCUGUCCUCUCCUCUAUUGAUGCUCUUCACAGACAUUAGAUGACUUCAAAGAACAAAAAAAGACAUUGCUUCUCAGCCAUGGAGAGAAAUCCAGGCUUAUUACUGAUGCGAACGACCCCUUUGUCAUGGUCAAUGUAGGGUCGAGCAGCGAACAAAUCUACCUGGUAUGGUUGGUCACCUGCGAUCACCGCAAAACUGUCCAUAAAAAAAAGAAAAGACCCCACGGUACAAGCGAGAACGAGGAUUACCUCGGUGCUUAGCCCAACACAGUCAGUCCUGCCUGCCAAGACGCACCCGCGAGAAAAGGGGCGGUUGAGCGGAGACAGCCCCGCGCCAACAGCAAAAAGAGCUAGACAUUCCUAUCGUCAUCAUUCAUCAUCAACUGUCAAAAGGGAGGUGACGAUUCGCCCUCGCCAACCCUGCUCCACCUAUCAACUGCUACACCUCAACCCGAGUCUACCUGGUCGAGCGUGAGGCUUCCAUACACCAAGAUUGGGUGCUCAUGGGUAUGUAGUGUAACCUCCGC